AGUUAUUAUAUAAUCUUCAGAAAUGACUGCUACACGUCUUUCCCCUCUCCCUUCAACCACCGCACCCAAAAUCCCAAUCCAUUCUCUUCCUCUCACGAAACCAAACAAACCAGAACAAGGAUCGGAACCAAACCGAACCGAACCGAACCUCACUCCUAGCCAAAAUGGAGGCUAAACACCGCGCCGUCCGAACCUUAGUCUCAAAGCUAAGCUCCGUCUCCGAACGAACCCGCAUCGACGCACUCUGCGAGCUUCGUCUCAUGUCAAAACAGGAUCCGGAAACCCGACCCGUCAUCGCCGAAUCGGGCGCCAUUCCUUACCUCGCCGAAACCCUCUACUCCUCCUCUCACGAUUCCCAAGAAAAAGCCGCCGCCACGCUCCUCAACCUCUCCAUAACCGAAAAGGAGCCUCUCAUGUCCACGCGCGGCGUCCUCGACGCGCUCGCCCACGUCAUCUCGCACCACGGUUCCACCUCCGCCGCCGCCGCCGUGCAAUCCUCCGCAGCUGUCAUCCACAGCCUGCUCUCUUCCGUUGAUGAUUACCGCCCUGUUGUAGGGUCCAAGCGCGAGAUCGUCUACGCGCUUGUUGAUAUCCUCCGCUGUCACCGAUUCUCGCCGCCGCGGACAGUCAAGGACGCGCUGAAGGCGCUGUUUGCUAUCGCGCUUCACCCGCUUAAUCGCGCCACUAUGGUGCAUCUUGGUGCCGUGUCGGCGCUGUUCAAGCUAGUUGUCAACGACGGCAGAGUUGGGAUCGUGGAGGAUGCUACCGCCGUCAUCGCGCAGGUCGCCGGCUGCGAAGAGAGUACCGAGGCCUUCCGGGAGGUUUCCGGCGUCGGUGUCCUCGCUGAUCUCCUCGACCUCGCCACCGGAGCCAGCAUGAGGACCAAGGAGAAUGCCGUGUCGGCGCUGCUUAAUCUCGUUCGAUGCGGCGGAGAAGCGGUGGCCGGUGACGUCAGGGACGCGGUGGCUUUCGGUGCCUUGGACGGCGUCGCGGAUGUCAAGGAUAACGGUAGCACGAAGGGGAAGAGCAAAGCCAGUGAUUUGUUUAAGGUGAUGCUCGGAGAUAGUCAUGGAAGCAAUGACAAUGGCAAUGGCAAUGUCGUUUUGAAUAGUGGUUCGUCGUUUGGUUCAUUGUUCAAUCAAGAAAUUGAAUGAGUUUGCUCAUUUUUGUGUUGUGAUUUCACAAUUCUUUUUGUUCUCUGCUGAACUGAGUCUUAGGCAUAGUGUAUGUACAAAAUUAGGUGAUGAUUUUGUUUCUAUUUUGUUGUUGUUUUUGAUGUUGUGAUUCUAUUGAUUAUAAUGUUAUGAUAUGAGCAAUAUCAUGAUGUGUUGUACAUUCUAACAGAAAGGAAGGGUUAAUAAUAGUAACUUUCAGGUUAUUCUUC